AAAGGUAGUGCAGCACUCGGAGAAGCGCCCCUGCUGUAGUCUGAGUUCCGCAGCAAUUGACACAUGCCAUCCGCUACGAUCUGGUUACCCAGUACGCGUAUUCAAGCUUUUUAGUUGGCAUUUGUAGCUUCUAGUAAUAAUGGCGUCAUGAUGAAGCAAAUACAUGACAAGACUGCCGAGGCUGACAUGGAGGGUACGGAGAAUUCCGUGUUUGCAGCGGCCCCUCCAGAAAGAGGACGGCUUGCUAGAUUUGGGCGAUGGGUAUGGAGCUGGGCAGUCCCGGGACUGGGGAUGUUCAACGAGAGCUAUUACAUCUUCUCGGUUGGCAAUGUGAAGCCCAUCUGGUCAGAGCAGUAUCCUGCUUGCUGGAAGGAGGGAGUGGGCUGCAGUGAAUCCUUCCUGCAUGCUCUGAACUAUUCACAAGUGGCUGGCCUAUGUGCUGGGAUGAUCGCUCUGGGACUCAUCGUUGACAGGAUCGGCCGCAAGUGGGGAUCUGUCACCACUGCUCUCAUAAUGUUCAUAGCUGGCGUUCUGCUGACAGCAGCGGAUGGGCCGAGCGCGCGUGCUGUGUUUGCCCUCCUGACAGCAGCGCAGGCGCUCUUUGGCUUUGGCUGCGGCGGUGAGUUCCCAGUGGCGGCUGCAUCGGCCUCAGAACGCGCCGAAUCAAGCGAGAAGCUCCGCUCCCUGCGCGGCCAGACCACUGUCCUUGUCUUUGCCAUGCAGGGCUGGGGCAAUAUCUUGAACCUGGCAGUGCUGCUGUUCUUUCUGGGCGUCCAAGGCCAGACAGGGCCACAGUACAGCUUCAGGGCCCUCAGCAUCACCUGGCGCAUGCAGUACGCGCUGGGCCUACUGCCCAUCAUCUUCAUGCUUGUAUACAGGAUCUUCUACCUGAAGGAGUCCAGCGUGUGGCAGAGGAAAGCAAGCCGCAGGAAACUGUGGCUGACGGUGCGCCACUACUGGCACCGACUGCUCGGGACGGCGCUUGGCUGGUUUGCCUGGGACUUCUACUACUAUGGCAACAAGCUGUUCCAGAGCGAGUUCAUAAAUGUGAUCCACCCGGGCCAGAGCCUGGUUCCCCUGCUGGAGUACAACCUACUCAACUCCAGCGUGGCGCUCUUUGGCUACUACUUUGCAGCCUUCACCAUCGACAAGGUCUGGAUGGGCCGCCGCCGUAUGCAGAUUGCAGGCUUUGCGGUGGUGUUUGUGCUGUUCCUCGUCUGCGGGCUUGCCUUCUACCAGCUGACUGCAACACAGCAGGGGCUGCAGGGCUUCCAGGCCAUGUACUACAUCUCCAGCGUCUUUGCCCAGUUCGUGAAUGCCACCACCUUUCUACUGGCCUCUGAGCUCUUUCCAACGGAGAACAGGGGCAUGGCACAUGGCAUCAGCGCUGCAGUUGGCAAGCUUGGCGCCCUGUCUGCUGAUGUCAUCAUGGGACAGGUCGAUGACAGAAUGAAGUUCCUCCUGUCAGCAGCGGCUGGCGCUCUGGGUGUCUUUGUGACUCUUGCUUUCAUCCCUGAGAUCACAGCUCUGGACCUCAAGGAUGGUGACAUGCGUUGGGAGGCCAUCAAGAGAGGUGAGGCUGAGACAUACACAGGGGAGGCAGUGAAUCCAGCCAAUCUGUCAUGGUGUGAAGGACUUUUGGGGGUUGGGAAAGCGUACAAAGGACGUCAGAGUAGAACUGAGGAUGCAAACAAUCCAGCUGCAGCAGAAUAGGUUGUCCAAGUCGUCAUAGGAUUGGCAGCAAGGACAUAGGAGGGCAUAAAAAGGUGACAGCGAUUUGCCUCUGCCAUGCACAUUGCAUGUUUACGAGCUUGCUAUGUAAGGCACCUGGACUCGC